CACACUGGAAUUUCUGAGUAGGGAGUGGGGGAGAAAUUCAAUUCAGUUUGCUUUGAAAGGUGAAGUUGCUUCAUUCACACUUUUCCCAGAACAAAAUGUGAGCAGAAAUGCAGCCAUCAUUUGACAUUCACACUUCUCCGAAUUUCCCAGUGCAGUUCUCUAUCCAAGUACAAUGGUACCUCGGUUUAAGAACGAUUUGAUUUACAAACUCCACAAAAGCGGAAAUCGUGUCUUGGUUUGAGAACUUUACCUCAGUCUAAGAACAGAAUCUGAACGGUGGAAGGACACCGGUGACAGGAGGCCUCAUUAGGGAAAGCGCGCCUCAGUUUAAGAACGGUUUUGGUUUAAGAAUGGACUUCUAGAACGGAUCAAGUUUGUAAACUGAGGUACCACUGUAAUGUGCAAAAAAUACUUACACUGGAGUAAAGUGUGCUUUACAGUUAGUGGAAAUAACAUCCCAAUAUGUGUUGUGCUAGGCAAAAUUGCAUGCUAAAAUGUGUAUGUUUUGGAGAAACUGACACUCAAUUGCUGAUGUGUGUGUGUGUGUUUUGAGGGGGAGCUUUAUUUUUGCAAACUGUUGUGGAAAUGUGGACAGCUGAAUUUAAGACGGGGAAAGCAACAAACUGAGAAAACUGACAUAUUCUCCCAUCCCUACCUCUGAGCAAACAUGCUUUAGGAUUACACAGUAAGCCUUUCUAAUUCUAACACAUAUAGCAAGUCAUUCUUUCGAAACACCCUAUUUCACCAGCCUAUCCAUAAAAUGAAAUGUCUUGACGACUGAUCAUCUGGGCCUGCAAUUAUGUGAGUGGCUGAUGUGAAAUCACGAGGCUGUAAUGGACUGGGGAGAGGGGGAGAGAGAGAACCACCUAAUUUAGACAAUACUGAGCUAGGUGGACCAGUGAUAUGACUGGAAUAAGUGGUGCUGGGUUACCCAACAGACAGACCAACCAUGUGCUUAGUGCACCAGCAAAGCAGGGGCUCCCUGACCCCACAAAAAAACCAAAGUUCUGAAGGAAUUUGGCAUAUGAUAUUUCAAAGGGAGGAAAGCAUCAAAGUAGUCAUUGGGAAAGAUUUAUUACACCUACUUACACGCCACUAGAUUUUUUUGUUCUCUUUUUAUUAUGUAUCCCACCUGUACCAGGGACCAUCCUGUCAACACAGAUGGAAAUAAUGGGAAGAAAUCAGAGCCUGUCAAGCUUAGUAAUAAAUUGAUGUUUUAUUAUUAAAGAUUUAUUCUUAUGAGUUAUACAAACUUUGUUUCUUUCCUCUUUCUAAUCUAUAUAUGCAGAAAAACAGAAUACGCUGUGUAAGUUGUUUUGUUUAUUGUUUUUAUUUUGAAUUGCAUAUGGAGAGCGGGGAGACACCAUAAUCUUUUCAGCGCUUAGGGCUUCUAAAGGCAGCUUCCGGUGUUACAGUUUUGAUUAAACAACAAAACAAAACAAAAUAAUGGGUAAAAUUAAUCACACCAGAAGGAUGGAGAUCGGGCAGUUAAGCAAAAGGCUCCAUAGGUCAGGUGAGUCUGAGGAAGUAUUUGAUUAGGCAAGUGGGAAAGGGUUGGCACCAUCAAGGUCUUCUGCAAGAUAAUUCCAAAUCAGCAAGGCAGGGCUGGUGGGAUUUCUUGAGGACGGAAGAAACCUCUGGACUGAGGAGCCUGGUGAAGUCUAAGGAGCACAGGUAAGACUCUAGAGACCAUUGGAGAUAUGGGAAGUGGGGGAGCUAACAGCAGCAUGGCUGAGGACUGAGUGGCUCCAAGGUAAGGCUGAAGACUUUGUGCUGGAUGCAGGAACAGGCAAGAAGUCAAUGCAGGGUUUGAUUUAAGGAGGCGGGGCUUUCUACAAAGCUGCUCAGGCCCAACCUUGAUUGGGUCAGCAAAGAGGAGCACCUGUUUUUGAAAAACUGAAAGUGGGGUUUUCUACAAAGCUGCUCAGGUUCAUUUCCUCAUUUGCAUCCUGAAUUAGAAGAACCAUCUGCUGAAGUGGUCCAGUUUGUGGAAAUAUUGUAGCCAAAGAAGUUUUCUUUAGGAGUCAGGCAAUUGGGUAUAAGCCAGACAUGUCGCCAAUUGCUGUGAAUGAGAUGAUGCAGCUUCUGGGCCGACUAUCUGAUAUAUGGGGAAUGAAGGCUGCCACCAAGCAACCCAAACGAGUUGCCCUUGCGGCAGGUUUGGGGGCCCUGUUUGGGGGCUUGUUGACCGGACCAGUUGGCAUUCCAGUAGGGGGUACAGUUGGUGGCUUGGUCGGCUCCCAGAUGACGGCUGGACAAUUUAAGCCUGCCCGUCAGAUUAUUCGGGAAAUGCCUCCCGCGAAGCAGCAGCAACUGUACAAGAUAGCCUUUCGAGUCAUCCAGGACAUGGAGUGGCCGAACGUGGUGCAGCUCAUGAACCUGAUCAUGGAGGAUGUAGCCAUACAAGAGCAACUGAUUGGGGUGGUGAUGGACUAUCUCGCCAAUGAACUCAAAGCCGAAAUCAAGUUCGACAAAACGAAACCUUGACGAAACCAAUGUGUGUGCAUUCAGAAGCAGAGGCCGGAUGAAGAUACCACCAGCCUCACGGGGAAUGUGUGGUGCAGGUCCUAGGCUAAGCAGGCACCAAACAUUUAAAGCAUUUGACUUUCCCCAAAAUAAUCCUGGGAACUGUAGCUUUUAAAAGGUUGCUGGUGAAUUAUAGCUCUGUGAGGAGUAAACUACAGUUCCCAGGAUUAUUUUGGGAGAAAGCGGUGUCCUUUAAAUGUAUGGCGCAUACACAGCUCUAGAUCCAUUGGUGCGGGGUGCCUUUUGUCUCCCAUUUUUAUCCUUAUAUGCUUGUUUUCUUCCAUUUCCCCACUAAUCUUGAUCAGAAAAGGAAACGUUCAGAGUUGGAAUGUGCCUUUUUGAAACAGAGUGCCAAGAACAUAGAAAAAAAACAAAGUUUCUGUUUCCACCCCUCCUUAGCAGCUGAAUUCAAAUAAAUCUGUCCCUUGUGAGCUUUGGUGUGAUUGCAUUUUAAAAACUGUUUACAAGUCUCCUGAGUAGGGAUGAGGGGAAAAUUCGAGUUUGUUUUCAUUUCAAUGGAAUUCACAUUUUAAUUUGCGUUCCAGAACUAGUAUGUGGGCUGUCCUUCGAAAUUUGCUUCUCAAAAUUUUGUGAUGAAGUUCUCUAGCCAGCCAGCCAAUGUAUGCAAAAAUGCAUAUAUUAGUCAAAAUUGCAUAGCAAAAUAUUUAUUAGGGGGAAUCCACACUAAAAUGCUUGCAAAUGCAGGCAAGGCACAUUGGACAGCCUCCUGUGAUGUAAAUAUGGGUCUGGCUGUAGACUGGGGGAGUGACUGUAGCUCCAAUGUUCGAUUGAUCUCAUCUCCAGGUACAAGGGUCCUGUUAUCUAGGCUACAAAACACUUCUGAAAGCUGCUUUCAACCAGAGCAGAGAACCCUUCGGGAGAUGAGCUAUGGACAUUUGUCUCUGAACCAAAGUAGACAUGGUGAUAAAAGUGUCGGCAUCAUUGUUAUUAUUUUUAAAUC